AUGUUGACAUCAUUUAACAUGCGCUGGCUUCGUAACCACUUCACUUCAGAAGAUGAGGUGCUGCAUGCGUGCAUCCGCGACGGCAAUCUUCAACGGCUUCAGCAGCUACUGGGCGCUUCGCCUACUCCAGACAUCCACUAUAAUUCUUAUGGAUUCGGUCCGCCAGUCCAUUUUGCUUCUUGGUGUGGCAAUUUGGAGGCCGUCGAAAUGCUUCUAGCAGCCGGCGCAGACCCUCUGCUUGUGAGCGAAGGAGGCGAGGAGGAGCUCACAGCCAUCGCAUACGCUGCUGAAAAGGGUCACCGAGACAUCGUCAAGCGCCUCUGGGGGGUUUGCCCUCCGGAAGUCCAUGCGAGCGGGGGCAGGCAUCAUCCGUCGUGCUUCAUUAUGGCGGCAAGUCACGGACAUGCUGCCAUUGUGGAAGAUUUGCUAGACUGGUGGGAUGGUUGGCCACACGAGUUGAAGUAUAACGCGCUGCUUGGCGCUGCAAUGCGAUGGCGCCUUGCGGUAGCUACUUUGCUCUUGCGCAGGGCAUCAUUUGAGCAGUCCACUCUGCAAGAAGCACUGCGGCUGGCUACAAAUCGCAGAGCGUUGUUGUCUGACGAUGACAAUGGAAAUCGCGAGGCCAUUGACUUCCUGAACCAGCAGCUCACGGUUGAGUUGCUGAUUGAUGCCGGGGCAGAUCCGAAUGGGCGUCCAAACAACACACCGCUUAUAUACACUGUCGCUUCUGACGGAAACCUUAGCGGAGUGCUCAAGUCUCUGCUUGAGAAAGGCGCAGACCCCAACACAACCGACGGGUCUGGUAAGUCUGCUCUGCAUGUUCUUGCUGAGCCGGUUGCAUUAGCCGGUCCGAUCCAUAUACUAGGCCGGCCGCUGCCUAUAACGAUGAAUGAGACUGCGAUUCGCCUCGUGUUACAACACAAAGGUUCCGUAUCUCAGCCAGACAAUGCAGGUGAGUGUCCCUUACACCGGGCUGCCUAUGGACUAGACUUGCGUCUCUUCAGUCUAUACCUGUCGUCUUGUCCAGACCAAAGCCAAGAGUCUCUGCUUCGGUUAACAAACCAUCACGGAGAGACGAUGCUGCAUUUUGCUGCCGCCGGGUGUCAUAUUGAGGUGAUGGAAUUUCUGAUUGCUCAAGGUUUGGAUGUUAACGCAAUCAAUUCCAACGGCUGGACACCCUUGAUGUGCGCUCUCAUUCCCAUCCAACAUCGAUAUUAUCGGUUCAAGUCGCCUGUCGAAGCGAUAAAAGCAGCUCAGUUUCUUCUCUCUCACGGCGCCGAUGCUAGUACCGUCACAGAAGAAGGCUUAACGCCGUUACAUGUCCUCUCUCUUCAUCAAGAUAACGACGUCAACGGUAAGAUGGCGGAUUUUACUAAGCAGUUACUAUCUUGCGGUAUCGACCCAGAAGCUCGUGCUCGUCUGUUGAACCCAAGCAGCAGGACUAUCGCGCCCAUUCUCGGCUUCCCCUGGGGCUACCGUGCGAGGGGCGUCAUGGCAGAUCCGCGACUUCACAACAUGUUCAUACAACCCGCACUGACGCCGCUUUACUGGGCAGCCGAGCGCGGCGCUGUCGGUGUCAUCAAAGCACUAUUGGCUCAUGGCGUUGAUGUUUCGUCAAUGGACGACCAAGGUAUCACUGCCGCUAGAAUGGCAGCCAAGUCAAAGUUUCUGGAGAGCCAACCCAAGCUUGUUGAUACCAUUAUUGAGCUAUUGCUGGCCGCCGGCGCUGGAUAUUAG